ACCGCUUGGAGCCAUGAGGCUGCUACUGUUAGCUGUGGUUUGCAUCCCCUUCACCCUGGCCAUGGAACGAAUCCCUCUUGUUCGAUUCAAAUCUAUCAAGAAACAGCUGAAGGAAAAGGGAGAAUUAGAGGAAUUUUGGAGGAAUCACCACCCAGAUGUUUUUGCCCGGAGGUACCUGCAUUGCUUCCCUGCAGAUAUUGCUUUAUCAGUAGGAACCGCUUCAGAAAGGCUGUAUGAUUACAUGAAUGCGCAGUACUACGGCGUUGUGAGCGUCGGCACGCCGCCCCAGAGGUUCACCGUCGUGUUUGACACCGGAUCCUCCAAUUUUUGGGUCCCUUCUGCUUAUUGCAUCAGUGAAGCGUGCAGGGUGCACCAGAAAUUUAAGUCCUUCCUGUCGGAUUCGUAUGAGCACGGAGGGGAAGCCUUCUCCUUGCAGUACGGCACGGGACAGCUCCUGGGCAUCGCUGGCAAAGACACGCUGCAGAUAAGUAACAUCUCCAUCAAGGGACAGGACUUCGGUGAGUCGGUGUUUGAGCCAGGAACAACCUUUGCCCUUGCCCACUUCGAUGGCGUGCUGGGCUUGGGCUAUCCCUCCUUAGCAGUGGGCAAUGCUCUGCCCGUGUUUGACAGCAUCAUGAACCAGAAGCUGGUAGAGGAGCCAGUCUUCUCUUUCUACCUGAAAAGAGGAGAUGACACUGAGAAUGGUGGUGAGUUGAUCCUGGGAGGGAUAGACCAUUCCCGCUACAAAGGUUCAAUCCACUGGGUCCCAGUCACCGAGAAGAGCUACUGGCAAAUACAUCUGAGCAAUAUAAAGAUCCAGGGCCGGGUGGCAUUUUGCUCCCACGGCUGCGAAGCCAUCGUUGACUCAGGCACUUCUCUUAUCACCGGCCCCUCUUCACAAAUCCGGCGAUUGCAGGAGUAUAUUGGGGCAAGUCCAUCGCAUACUGGAGAGUUUCUUGUAGACUGCAGAAGACUCUCCAGCUUGCCCCACAUCAGCUUCACGAUCGGGCACCACGAGUACAAGCUGACAGCGGAGCAGUACGUCAUAAAGGAAUCUGUUGAAGACCAAACCUUCUGCAUGAGCGGCUUUCAGUCUCUCGACAUCACCACUCGCUCCGGCCCGCUCUGGAUUUUAGGAGAUGUCUUUAUGUCUGCGUUUUACUGCAUUUUUGACCGUGGCAAUGACAGGGUGGGAUUUGCAAAAGCUGUUCAUAGGAAGGAUUACUAUUGAGUCUUAAUAACAUUUAUUCUGCCUUAAUGUGAACAUUAAUGUAAUGAUCUUCAACACACGUGUGAAGAAGGGCUUUAACUGAAACUCUGGACCGAAAUGCAGUUGUGUAUUUCCCCCCUCCCCAGGGUUUAAAGAUUUUUGGAGCGAUCCUUGCCACAAAUUAUAUAGAUUGGUUCAAUUUCUGUAUGUUUACAACUGAGAAACCAUUUUUCCUCAAUAACUGAAUGACACCACGGCUCUCAGGAUGAAGUGAAAACAGCUCAGCACUCAGAUUUGCAAAAGAGCAGGAGGGAUAAAAAUGCUGAACAGUGUCAGGCAGUUAUGAAUGGAGGAAACUAAUCCCAGUCUGGUCUGGUCCGGGUAUCCUUUUUGAUUCUUGUGUGCUAAUUUCCACUUCAUUUCCUACUGCUUCCCUUUUCCUCAGUAUUCUCUAUGGUUGAGGUUUUGUCCAACCUCAUUUCCUUGUGCCAUUUAAAUCCUCUUUAUAUGGGCUUGCUCCAACCGGUUUAUAUAAAGAGGAAUUUGACUGAUGCCUGCAUGACCACUUAUUUCCACUACUGUUCCUUGUGCACAAUUUCCUGCUCCUUACACUCUCUCUCCAACCUGCUUUUUGUCUUGGGUUCAUUCUCCCCUGACACUUUUCUAUUCCUGUUUUGGGUCUCAGCAUCUAACGUCUUAUAUCAGCUGCUGCUUUUAGCAUCUGUCACCUCUGCCCCUUGGCAGUGCGGGCAGCUGGGAGCAGCAUCUAUUUGCAUUCCAAAACCCAGACCGAGACCCUUGCAGAAGGAGCUCCAAAGGGAUACCACAGUGUCCCUCCACCUCAGAUGAGUUAAGAGACCAACACACCAGCACUGAACAUCUACCACCCUUUGCUCAGCCACUUCUUGUCUGUGGCAGCAGCAGCUCCAGCGCUGGCAGAGGUGUGAAACCACCCCAGGGAGCUGCGCUGAUUUGGCAAAAGAAGGUUCACCUAAAUUGUACCCGUUAGAGUAUUUGUCUGGAUUGCUAAAGCUGACGCUGCCCCCGUACACGUGAAUAAAACUCAACCA